GUCUUCUCGCCGUCUCGCAGGAGUUGAGCCUCUUGUGAGUGAGCGGACGUCGCUUCUCAUUGUUAGAUAGACGGUGUUUUGAGCAUGACUUCGGCGUUCAACCUAGAUUUCCACCCUCUGACGGAAAGUCGGUUAAUGACUUCGAGUGACACAAUCAACGGCAGCAAGAUGAAUGGGUCGCUGGAGCAUUUGGACCAGCCGGACCCAGACUCCAUCAAGAUGUUUGUGGGACAGAUCCCACGCUCCUGGUCAGAAACGGAACUAAAAGAGCUUUUUGAGCCCUUUGGAGCUGUGCACCAGAUCAACAUCCUCCGUGAUCGCACCCAGAAUCCCCCUCAAAGCAAAGGAUGCUGUUUUGUAACUUUUUAUACAAGAAAAGCUGCACUGGAGGCCCAGAAUGCACUGCACAACAUAAAGACCUUAAGUGGGAUGCAUCAUCCUAUCCAGAUGAAACCCGCUGACAGUGAGAAAACAAGUGCGGUUGAAGACAGAAAACUCUUUGUCGGAAUGGUUUCAAAGAAAUAUGGCGAGAACGAGGUCAGAAUGAUGUUCUCGUCUUUCGGACAGAUCGAAGAGUGCCGAAUUCUCCGGGGACCAGAUGGUCAGAGCAGAGGCUGUGCGUUUGUCACAUUUGCUACCAGGGCAAUGGCACAGAAUGCAAUCAAAACCAUGCAUCACUCUCAGACUAUGGAGGGCUGUUCCUCACCUUUGGUGGUGAAGUUUGCCGACACACAGAGAGAUAAGGAGCAGCGGCGCCUGCAGCAGCAGCUAGUACAGCAGAUCCAGCAGCUCAACAGCGCCUCCACCUGGGGAAACCUGGCUGGCCUGGGGACCCUCACACCGCAGUACCUGGCUCUGCUCCAGCAGGCCACAUCUACCAGUAACCAAGGCAAUUUCAACGGUAUUCAGAGGCUAGGAGGUGUGAAUCCCCUUCAGCUGCAGAACUUGGCCACAUUAGCUGCUGCUGCGGCUGCAGCUCAGAGUUCUGGCAGCCCCACUUCCACCAAUGCCCUGUCUACAAACAGUGGAGCCCUGGGAGCUCUGGCCAGUCCAGCUGGUUCAACAGCAGGGUCCAGUGCCGGUGCUGCCAUGAACACCUUGGCUUCUCUGGGCACCCUGCAGGGUCUCACUGGGACCUCUAUGGGCCUCAACAACCUUAACGCUCUCACCAGCAGCGUCAGUGGUAUGGGGGCCAUGAAUGGAGGUCUGGGAGCCUCCAUGGCUAAUGGGUCAGCAGCCAGCUCCAUGGACGCUCUGACCCAGGCCUACUCAGGGAUGCAGCAGUACACAGCCUCCGCCCUGCCCUCCCUCUACGGCCAGUCUCUCCUGCAGCAAAGCAUUGCUGGCAGCCAGAAAGAAGUAGGGCCAGAGGGCGCCAACCUGUUCAUCUACCACCUGCCACAGGAGUUUGGGGAUCAAGAUCUUCUGCAGAUGUUCAUGCCUUUUGGAAAUGUGGUCUCUGCCAAAGUCUUCAUUGACAAACAGACCAAUCUGAGCAAGUGCUUUGGGUUCGUCAGCUAUGACAAUCCUGUGUCUGCGCAAGCUGCCAUCCAGGCCAUGAACGGUUUCCAGAUUGGAAUGAAGAGGCUGAAGGUUCAGCUGAAGCGUUCCAAGAACGACAGCAAACCCUACUGAUCCUAGCCCCGGGGCCUUCCCCCCUUCCCAGCUCUAAUGCUAGCACUGCUAGG